AUGACCCCUGACUGCAGCGGGCUGCCCGCGCGUCCGCCGGGAGCUGGAGACAAACACACGCACGUGCGCCCCGCCCCCGCCGCGCGCACGCGCCCCGAGGCUCCGGCGGCGGCGGCGGCGACGGGCGGCGGGCGCGCGCGCGGUGCUCGCUGCCCCCACGCUGCUCCCUCGGCUGGGAUCGCGGCGUCUCCCGCUCGCCCCACUGCUUCUCGCCCGGCCGGUGGCUCCGGAGGCGGCAGUCGUGCCUGGUGGGCUCGGGUGGUCGGGCGCGGCGGUCCGGGAGAGGCGGCGGCGCGGGUGGACAGCGCGGAACCCAGCAAGUUCCUCGCAGGCGAUGUCGCCGGGCUCGGGCCCCUGCGUACGCCGGGCGCCGUGACAGGCCGGCCGGGGAGGCGCGGACCGGGGAGGCCGCGACGGAGCUCCCGGACUGACCAUGGGCUGAGACGCAUCCUCCGCGGAGCAGGUGCAGUGACCGGAGGCUCUGGGGAGGGAACCCGCGCCGCAGGCCCCGGGAACCCCCGGCCCUAUCCAGCCCCAUACGUACCCUGUUGACCUUCCCUGGGUUCCUCGGGAAAGGCCCUGAUGACCCCGCCUCCAAGCCUCGAGCGUGCAAUCCCUGUGACACCCUACCACUGCCACCACAGGGGACACGCUGUGCACGCCCUCACUCUACACCCGCGACCCUAGCCCACUGGGCCUUUGCGCCAAUGCCUCUGAUGCCCUAGUAUUUUGAGCCCACAGCUUGCCUCACUGUGCCUGGGAACUACCCGGGACAGCUUCCCCUUUCCACUCACCAAAGGGUGGGAACAAGGGUUGGAGAGGAAAGUGGGAGUGGUGGUCUUUGCCCUCCUGAGGCCUUGGUGACUACAAACCCAUCCUCUUUCUCCCAAGCCUGGAGUGAAAGUGACCCUUCCAUCCUCCACCAGAACAUGCCGGGGUGACUCUCUCCCAGAUCCUGCGGCCUUCCUCGCUCUCCCCAGUGAC